GCAGCGCAGACACGGCUCCAACUUCCACUCCGGGUGACAUUUGUGAUUCGUGGAGGCGUUUCUUUCUGCAGCUGCACACGCGCCGAGCGUGUUGCUCAACUUUGAGGAGCGCACGCACACGGACGAGGACGGCUCGGGCUGAGACGGAAUGCGCGGAUCUGGUGCCUCUUCCUGCCCGUCGUGUCCUGCAUCGUGGUCGUGACUCGGUCCGAUCCAAGUGUCCGCGGCCGUGUACACGCAGCAUGACGCGGAGCUGCGUGGCUGCCUCGAACACACUGUUUACCUGCGUGGAAAAAACGGGCCAAGGUUGCGUGAUCAUGUGCGCGGAGGCUCCACGAUGAGCGGCGGCGGUGCGUAACGCUGCCUCUGCACGGAGGACGAGCCGGGAAUCAACGAGAUGAAUCCGGACCAGGACGGGAUUUCCUUCCCGGUACCGAGCUUGGGUCCGGGCAGGGAGGCAGCUGGGAGCGGGGAACAUUCCAGCAGCGGCGGCGCCGCCGGGAUUCCAGCAGCCGGGACUUUCUGGCACGACCCGCUGGUUGUUCCGAGCAGCGGCGGGCUCAGCCCGACCCCCGAGGACGGCCCGGUGGACGGAGGGGGGCUGCUGUCCACCUGCAAGUCCGGUAAGAGCAGGCCGGUGACGGUGGCGUACGUGGUGAACGGCGAGCCGAGCCCGCAGAACAACGCAGAAAACAUGGCCCUGCAGUGUCUGAAGGACGCGUGCGAGCGCGUGGGCAGCGAGAUGGACACCGUCAACUUUGGCAGACUGGACUUUGGGGAAACUACCGUGCUGGACCGCUUUUACAACGCUGACAUCGCUGUGGUGGAGAUGACCGACGCUUUCCGCCAGCCUUCGCUCUUCUACCACCUGGGGGUCAGAGAAAGCUUCAGCAUGGCCAACAACAUCAUCCUGUUCUGCGACACUAACUCCGAGUCCCUCCAGUCUCUGCAGGAGAUCAUUUGCCAGAAGAACACUACGAGCUCGGCGAACUACACCUUCAUCCCGUACAUGGUGACGCCCCACAACAAGGCGUACAGCUGCGAGGGCAGCCUGAUGAAGGGUCUGACCGAGCUGAUGCAGCCCAGCUUCGAGAUGCUGCUGGGGCCCAUCUGCAUGCCGCUGCUGGACCGCUUCGUCCAGCUUCUCAAAGUGUCCCAGGCCAACUCGCACCAGUAUUUCCGCGAGACGAUUUUGAACGAGAUCCGUAAAGCUCGGGAGCUUUACACCGGCGUGGAGCUGUCGGCCGAACUGAGCCGAAUUCAGCAGCGGCUGGACAACGUGGAGUGCCUUUCGGUGGACGUCGUCAUCAACCUGCUGCUGACGUACAGAGACAUCCAGGACUACGAGUCCAUCGUGAAGCUGGUUGAGACUCUGGAGAAGCUCCCGACCUUUGACCCCAUGGCUCACCCGCAUGUCAAGUUCCACUACGCCUUUGCACUGAACCGGAGGAACCUGCCGGGUGACCGACAGAAAGCGCUGGACAUCAUGCUGCCCCUGGUGGAGGGGGACGAGCAGGUGGCGUCGGACAUCUACUGCCUGGUGGGACGGAUCUACAAGGACAAGUUCCUGGAGUCUCACUUCACCGACACGGAGAGCCGAGACCGAGGCUCGUUAUGGUUUAAAAAGGGGUUUGAGUCGGAGCCAACGCUGCACUCUGGCAUCAACUACGCUGUUCUCCUGCUGGCGGCUGGACACCAGUUCGACACGUCGUUUGAGCUCCGGAAAGUGGGUGUUAAACUGAGCAGCCUGCUUGGUAAAAAAGGCAGUCUGGACAAGCUGCAGAGUUACUGGGACGUGGGCUUCUUCUUGGGUGCCAGCAUACUGGCCUGUGAGAACACCAGAGUCAUCCAGGCCUCUGAGAAACUCUUCAAGCUCAAAGCGCCCAUCUGGUAUCUGAACUCGCUGGUGGAGACCAUCUUGAUCUACCAGCACUUUAAAAAGCCCAGCGCCGAGCCGCCAGCACCCAAACAAGAGCUGGUCGAUUUCUGGAUGGACUUCUUGGUGGAGGCGACGAAAAAAGACGUCUCCUCCGUCCGAUUUCCUGUGUUGAUUUUGGAGCCGACUAAAGUUUACCAGCCUUCUUAUUUGUCCAUAAACAAAGACGUGGACGACAACACUGUGUCCAUCUGGCAUGUUGCUCCUGAUGACAAGAACAAGGGGCUACAUGAGUGGAACUUCAGUGCCAAGUCUGUCCGAGGUGUCAGCAUCUCCAAGUUUGAUGAACGCAGCGCCUUCCUCUACGUCCUUCACAAUGCAGAGGACUUCCAGAUCUAUUUCUGCACAGAGAUGCACUGCAAAAGGUUCUGUGAUCUGGUGAACAGUAUAACAGAGGAAGCCUGGAAGGGUCCAGAAGAAGGAGAGAGUGACACCGACGUCUUAGAGUAUGACUACGAGUACGAUGAACACGGCGAGAGGGUGAUCCUGGGAAAGGGCACGUUCGGAGUCGUGUACGCCGGCCGAGACCUCAGCAACCAGGUCCGACUGGCCAUCAAAGAAAUACCAGAGCGAGACUGCAGAUACUCUCAGCCGCUUCACGAGGAAAUCGCCCUUCACAAACACUUGAAGCACAAGAACAUUGUCCAGUACCUGGGCUCCAUCAGCGAAAACGGCUUCAUAAAGAUCUUCAUGGAACAGGUUCCAGGAGGGAGUCUGUCGGCGCUGCUGAGGUCUAAAUGGGGCCCCCUGAAAAACAACGAGCCCACCAUCGGCUUCUACACGCGGCAGAUCCUGGAGGGGCUCAAAUAUCUGCACGACAACCAGAUCGCCCACCGAGACAUCAAGGGUGAUAAUGUCCUCAUUAACACUUACAGCGGCGUCCUGAAGAUAUCAGAUUUUGGCACAUCUAAAAGACUGGCUGGAAUUAACCCCUGCACCGAAACCUUCACAGGCACGUUGCAAUAUAUGGCUCCUGAAAUUAUCGACAAGGGUCCGCGGGGGUACGGAAAACCAGCAGACAUCUGGUCCCUGGGCUGCACCAUCAUAGAAAUGGCAACUGGUAAACCACCUUUCUAUGAACUCGGAGAACCACAAGCUGCCAUGUUCAAGGUGGGCAUGUUUAAGAUCCAUCCAGAAAUCCCAGAGUCCAUGUCGAUGGAGGCCAAAGCCUUCAUCCUGCGCUGCUUCGAGCCCGACCCGGACCGGCGAGCCACCGCCUUCGACCUGCUCACCGACGAGUUCCUCACCGUCACCAGCCGCAGGAAGAAGAGCAAGAGCAGCCUCAGUACUCCGUCCUCCGGAUCAGAGUACCUCCGCAGCAUCUCCCUGCCGGUGCCGGUGGUGGUGGAGGACACCAGCAGCAGCAGCGAGUACGGCUCCGUCUCCCCUGACAACGACCUCAACACCAACCCCUUCAUCUUCAAGCCCAGCGGCAAGUGCUACAGCGAGCGGGACGUCAAGGGGCCGAGGUCCCUCUUUCUCAGCAUCCCAGUGGAGAACUUUGAGGACCACAGUGCUCCUCCGUCUCCCGAUGAGAAGGACGCGGGCUUCUUUAUGCUUCGUAAGGACAGCGAGCGGCGAGCCACCCUGCACCAAAUCCUGACCGAGGACCGGGAGAAGGUUGUAGCCAACCUGAUGGAGGCCCUCACACAGGGCUCUGAGGAGAUCAAGCUAAAACCUCAGCACAUCUCCACCCUCGUGGUGAGCCUGGCGGACUUUGUGCGCAUGGCCGACAGGAAAAUCAUCGCCAGCACCCUGUCUCAACUCAAGCUGGAGCUGGACUUUGACAGCACCGCCAUCAGCCAGCUGCAGGUCGUGCUGUUCAGCUUCCAGGAUGCUGUGAACAAAGUGCUGCGAAACCACAACAUCAAGCCUCACUGGAUGUUUGCUCUGGACAACAUCAUCCGUAAAGCUGUGCAGACGGCCAUCACCAUCCUGGUGCCAGAGCUGAGGCCUCACUUCAGCCUGGCCUCAGAAAGCGACCCGGCCGAUCAGGAGGAUAUCGACGACGACGCAGAGCCCUGCAGAAACUCCGCCCACCAGAGUCGAGCGCCCGCCGUCGCCGCUCACGACGACACCGUGGCCACGUCGGGAGUCAGCACCCUGAGCUCCACCGUGUCCCACGAAUCCCACAAUGCCCAGCGCUCCGUGAGCAUGGAGCUGGGCAGGAUGAAGCUGGAAACCAACAGGCUGCUGGAGGAGCUGCUGCAGAAGGAGAGGGAGUAUCAAACCAUUCUGCAACAAGUGCUGGAGGAAAGAGAGCAGGAAAUCAGAUUGUUGAAGAUGCGAUCUGAGCCCGCAGAGAGUCCUCAGACAUCGGUGCUCCUGCAGGAGCAGAGGAGUCCGGCUGCAGACAGACAUGAAGACCCAGAGCUGAGCAGCUGGCUGAGGCUGUACGGCGCCGACCAGGACUCUAUAGACCGGAUACUGAACGAGGAGUACACGUUGGACGACGUCCUCCUUUAUGUGACAAGAGAAGAUCUGAAGAGUUUAAGACUGAGGGGCGGGGUCCUGUGCAGACUGUGGAAGGCCAUCACGGACUACAGGCAGAGGCCGACAUGAAGCCUCAGGUGGAACCGAACUGGCGGAGAAGCAGGACGCGCUCCGUCUUACCUCAGUGCUUACAGGAACAAGACUGUCAGGAGAUGAAAACAAGCCGUGAGCGCAGCUCCAACCGCACAACGACCUCCAGGAGUGUUUUAUAAGUUUAAAACGAGGAUUUUCGAACAAUUCCUAAGAAGUGCCACUAGUUUUGUUAUAGCUUUUUGUUACAGAUGUUCCAAAGUAUAUUUGAUGGUCAAAACAAAAACUAUUAUACACAUUUUGA